GUUCUUCCUAUCGCGCAUUUUUGUCUCCUGUCAUACAUUUGUUGUGUCAAUUUCCCAUGAAGCCCCUCAGCCUUGCAUCCUGCUGUGUGCUGCUGCUUUCCCUGGCCGCGGCCGCGGCAGCGCAGCACCAACCCAGCGAGGCCGCGACCGCGACUGCCUCGCCUGGCAGCAGCAGCAUUAACACCAGCGCUGCUGCAGCGCUGCUGCCACCGGAAGGCAGCGCCCCUCCGCCCGCCCUGGCAAGCGAGGCGACCCCACCCCCCAACGCCUUCGCUGCCGCCGCGAAUUCAAAGCCCAGCAGCAGCACAGGCACUAAAAGCACCGUGAAGAGCAGCGUCGCAAAGGGCGUCGCGCUGCUGCAGUGCUUUGAUGAGCUGUUGUGGCCGGCUGCAGUCGCGAUGCCUCGCCUCGCGGUCAAGGCGCUCUUCCUCUACACCUACGCAGCGCUGUCGGCGCUCUACGCAGUGGCGGUGGUGCGGCGCCUGGCACCGGGCCGGCAGCGAUGCAUCGCCGCGGCACCCGUCAUCCUGUCCCACCUGCUGGCGCCGCUGGUGUUGGACCACCGCACCGAGCCGCUGCUGAUCACACCCGUGGCGGGCAUAUUCUCUCUCUCGGCGUUCAAGCUGCUCGCCUUCGCUCUGGGCCGCGGGCCGCUGGUCCUGGACUGGCUGAGCCCACUGCAGUUCUGUGGCGUGUUCCUGGGGCCCGUCGUGCCCAUCGAGGUGUUCACGGUGGGCUCCCAGGACACGGCGCGGCGGCACACCGUGAAGCACGGGCGGCAGCUGCUGUGGGACAGCUGGCGCAGCGUGGGAGUGGGCAUGCUGGUGACCUGGGUCCUGGCAGUGCCCGGCAUACCUGUGAUGGCCCGCCACUGGCUGUACACACUGUGUUCCGCCACCUUCCUCAACGCCGUCUUUGACGUGCUGGCGGCGGCGGUGCACGGCAGCCUGGGCAUCUCCUCUGCGCCCAGCUUCGACCGGCCGUGGCUGUCGAGCAGCUUCCAGGACUUCUGGGCCCGGCGCUGGAACCUGACUACCACCUACAUGAUGCGUGUGCUGGUGUACGAGCCGGUCAUUCAGGGCAGUCUGCUGCCGCCACCAGCAGCCCCAGCGGCAGUAGCAACCCCUGUAGCAGCACCCGCCUCGCCGGCGCAUGCAGCUAAAGUUGAAGGGCAGCCGCAGCAGCAGGAGCAGGAGCAGGAGGUGACGAAGGCGCAGCAGCAGGAGGACCGCGAGGGAGAAGUGGGGGAAGGGCAGCAGGAGGAGCGCAAUGCUGGAGCAGCGGCGGCGGCGGCACCAGCCGGACCCGCCAAGACAGCGGCAGAGCCAGACGGCGGCGAUGAGGGGGCAGGCGACGGGCUCAGGCGGCGCCGCGCGUUCGGCAAAGAAUCCGCCCAAGCGCGCCACACGAUGACCGGCGAGCUGGGAGCUGGCAGCACGGCGAAAGCGCACCAGCUCAAGGAUAAGGCGACCAACGGCGGCGGCGCACACGGCAGUAGCAGCAGUGACAAGGACGGGCGCAGCGGCGGCCGGCGGCCGACGCAGCUGCGCCGUUUCCUGGCGCUGCAGGCCGUGUUCCUGUUCAGCGGUCUGUGGCACAUCCUUAUAUUCUGGUACAACACCCGCGUGUUCAGUUGGAAGUGGGCGGCGUUCUUCACAGUGCAGGCGCCCAUCCUCAUGGUGGAGCGGGCGGUGCACAAGCUGGGCGGGCGCCUGGGCGUGCGCGUGCCUCACGCCCUGCAGGUCUUCUCUGCCAACUUCCUGCUGAUCGUGGUGGCUCGGCCGCUGUUCUUUGGCCCUGCCGACGACACGGGAUUCGCGCAGCGCAACUUGGCGGUGGGGCAGGCGCCGUUGUGGGCCGCGGCGGACUGGCUGGGGCACCUGCGGGCGGCGGGACAGCAGCAACGGCAGUAGCAGCGCGCAACGGCAGUAGCCGAGUAACAGCAAGCGGCGGCAGCAGCAGCAAGCAGCAGCAGGAGUCAGAUACGGGCAUAGCGGAUUGCUGCUGGCGGACUGGCUUGGGACUGGCUUGGUCCAGACGCGGGUGCAGCCUGCAUGGCAGGAUUGGCGGCGGCACGUUUGAGGCAGCAGCAGUGGCACUACUGGCAGUAAUGAACAGCAUGGUGAAGGUAGGAGCGGCGGUGAUGGAUUUCUGGAGUUCAGCAGUCGCGUUUGCCGCGUGCGAAGGCAGGGGAAUCGACGACCAACCGACAUUGAUAGGCUACUCCAAUUUCAACUAAACGACGCGGUUGGGGGUGGGCGGCGUGGGGCCCACGCGUGGGGCCCCGCGCGUGUGCGAAGACACAAGGUAGUUCCGCGCCUGCGCGCCGGCUUGGUAACCGCCUGGGGGCUGGGGAUGAUUGUUGCUGUCUCUUACAAAGCCGACACAACCUCACCCUGGCGCCGCCGGUGCUGGUGAUAGAACCAGGAGGUUCAGGCCGGGUUGAUAGGGCGACACAUACAGCAUAACGUACUUGCGGUUUGACAGUAUGCUGACUUUCUGGUGCGCGUACAGGACAUUUUAGGGGGCCGGGUCUGGCCGGCGGGUGCACAAUAAUUGCAAACGCCUGGAGGAGUGAGUGGACCAGAGUGGACAGGGGCCCCGCCUGUGCUAUCCCUGUGAGCGGAAGACGGGGGGCCUUGCGAGGGGCAGCGGCGUGUGAGCCGUCGGCACGAGCAGGGGUUCGUGUAGGAGUUCUGUGUGCGUGUGGUAUUUGAUUCAAGUCCCCGAUUUCCCAUUGGCGGGGCGUUAGCUAGUGUAGCGGGUGUAAACGGCACCAGGUAGGUGGUGCAGGGGAGCCUCAAUAGCUAGAGAUUUGCCAGGUUUGCACGGACGUGGUGCUGUGGAUGCGGCGAGCAAAUCGGAAUGGUGCAAAGAAGGUGUAAAGCAUUAAGCAU